AUGGGUUUACAUAAUAUUCAACGAUCAACUGCCUUUAACCGACACACUAAAGGAGAAUUUUUCCAAAAUCUAAAAACAGUAAGAAAUUGGUAUAAGUUUGAUCCUUAUUGCAUAUAUAAUGUUGAUGAAACUGGUUUAACAACAGUACAAAAGCCAGUAGAAGUGUUAGCAGGUAAAGGAAGUAAACAAGUAGGAAGAAUCACAUCUGCAGAACGAGGAACAUUAGUAACUGUAUGUUGUGCUUUAAAUGCAAUUGGAAAUUCUAUUCCUCCACUAUAUGUUUUUUCUAGGGUCAAAUUUCAUGAUUACAUGAUAAAGGAAGGUCCUCCUAAAUGCGUGGGAUUUGCAAAUCCUUCUGGUUGGAUGAAUUCAGACAUUUUUAUAGAAUGGAUAAAAUAUUUUGGGAGGUAUUCAAACUGUUCUCAUGAAUCUCCAGUUUUGUUUCUUCUAGACAGCCAUAAAAGUCAUAUUUCUGUUAGAACUUUGGAUCUUGCAAUUCAACAUGGAAUUACAAUGCUAAAUUUUUCUCCCCAUUGUACCCAUAAAUUGCAACCAUUUAAUAGAACUGUUUUUGGACCAUUGAAAAGGUUUAACAAUGCUGCGUGUGAUAAUUGGGUGGUCACAAAUUUAAGACCUUUGACCAUUUAUGAUAUUGUUUCAAUAGUUCGCGAACCAUAUAUAAAAGCUUUCUCAUCAUCUAAUUUACAGAUUUCAAGUAGUUGGCAUUGA